CAGACAACCAAUCAAAAUCUUCACUGCUUCAGUUACUUCAUUGAAUAGUGUGAAAAUAUUUAUUUAUCCCAAACUAUUAUAAUACACUUACGUUUCGGUGCAGUUUUGAUUCCCUUUAUCAUAACCUACCCCCGUUUAUGCUAACUAACAGGUCCCAAUGAAUCAUUUAACUAAACUACUGAAAUUCAAAAACAGGAGGAAUGGUAAAAAUGAAACAAAAUGUGAAGAUGACCUUGAAAACUUCAGUGGAUAUCAUUCAGCUAUUUUCAGGAAUGAUACUGACCAGUCAAGUAAAACAGAAGCAUUGAAAGAUGCUAUGACCAGAAGGCGUAUCAGAAGUCAUGGAAGUCUAUCAUUGAAAGCCUUGCGUAAAAGAAAAGAACUUGAAAGUGAACUUACUCAAUUCGAUGCAUCGUUAUGUAAAAUAGAUGAAAAUUUAGAAUUGUUAGACUGUAAACAAACAAAUGAUAAAGUUAUUGAAUCAUUAAAAAUUGGAAUGAAGUCAUUAAGAAACCUUCAGAAACGUGCGAAUUCGUACAUAGUCAAUAGUAAAAUGGAUGACUUUGAACUCCAAUAUACUGAAGAGGAGUUACAAGAAGAACUUCAAAGUUUAGAGAUUCUAUAUCCUCAACAUAGGAGUAAUUGUUCGAAAUCACGGGAUUUAGAAAGUCAUUUGACGUUGUUUGCUAGAACUGCCUGGUUUGAUCUACAGAUGUGGAAAGUGGCCAUUUAGACCAUUACGCAAUAAUGCCUGAUCAUCCUGUGUUGAUUAUGAACUCAUCUAUCUGUUACUUAUGUUUCCAAACACAUCAUUCUCAUUUGAACCUACAUUCAGAACAAACUAUCAUAUUUUUCUUAAAAUUUCUUAUUGAUGGAUUUAGGGAAGGGAUUAUUACUGAGUUAUGGUGUAUCUUUAGUGUACCUGAUUUUUUUCUUAAAUUCACCAUCCUACUGGUAAACUUCCCAGCUCUGUUACUUAGACAUUUAACGAAACCUACUUUAACUUACAUAGCAUCAGACGGUUUAAAGUGUAUUUUAUUCACUUACUGUAUUUUCAAACUCCUCCACUCUUGUCUGCGUAUAAAUAAAGCAAUCUCGAGGUCUCAUUCAUUAUUGAAAUAAUGACUAGGUUUUCCAAAGUCAAUACUUUUUAACGUCAACUGGGUGGUAGUACAGAAGGAUUUAUCAUUCGCUGCCAUAAUUUCACUGAUAGGUGUUAGGAGUUGGUUUGCAAAAGAGAUUUGACCUAUAUUUCAACAACAACAACAACAACAAUAAGGGAACUAGUGCUUCUUUGGGGAUUCUAUCUAGCAACACUUAGUAAUUAAGUUGAAGACUUUGUCACUUGGUUGUUUAAACCGCAAUUGAACAUCUUUAUGCCUGGAUUAAGUACAAAAUCGAUGAAGGAGAAACAAGUAUUUCAGCGAAGAGUCUGUUUUCGUUGAUUUCAUUUUUAAAGCUGCACAAUCGCAAAUUUAUACAACUUUCUAGUGUAAGAAUUUGAUAAUUAAAAACCAUUUGUCAAGCAUGGCAACAUAAAUAGUGUCAAUGGAUGAGCUGUCAUUAAAGUCGAAAAACUUAAAAAUCUAUGAUAGGUAGUGAAUAUUAAUCAAAAUAAGUGUGGAUAAGAAGUUUCAUGACAUGACGACAUAGUACGAAAGUGAAUUGUGAACCGACAAAGGAUAGCAACAAAAAAAGUAGUGAUAAAUCUUAAAAAGUGAAUAGUGUGAAAAUUGAAGAAUGAGAAGAAAAGGAGGGGAGGGGGCUAGAGGAGAUUUCAAAGACUGAAAACUGAGAUAGUGAAAGGAGAAGGGGUUGAACAAUCAUCUUUUGUGGAUACAGUUAGGGUUUCUUCAUAUAGAUGGCAAGAACUUCGGCGAUGCAGAGAAUACGAAGAUGUAUAGCCUUUGGAAAGUGACGACUUUGAACGAGAAGAUUUUUGAGAGAGGGUGAUUCAUGUUCACGAUGUGUUAAGUUACAGCACUACUUAUCACUUCAUUGUUACCACUUUUUAAUUAUUUCGGAUAGUGCUCUUGAACCCUAUUUGAUAACAGUCGCAUCGAACGGCCUAUAUACCUGGCUUCAAAAAAAAACUGGUCACAAGUGGAUAACUGGUUUAAUUGCCUAGAUCUAAGUGCUUAGCUCUGACCGAAGUCUAUUGAUUAAGUUCACUUUGUAACAGUUUUAAUACGAUCAGAUAAAAAUGAAUUAUUA